AUGCAUGUCCUACCAGGACCGCCAGACGUUUUCAAGGAGAGGCAGUUCUCCUGCCUCAGCCUCCCUUCUGCUGGAUCACGGGCGUGCGCCCCCACUCCCAGCUUCCGCUCUUCCUUUGGAAACUGCUUCACGUGCGAUGCCCCGGGCAGCCCGAGAAACCGCGCGCUCUCUCCCUGUUCCCGAAGCCUCGUGAUCCGCGGGGAGAAGGAGGAGCAGGCCGUGCUGUGCAGCAGCGACCGAACCUACGAGCUCAAGGUGGCCGACACCUCCAACCUGCUGCUGUGCGUCCCCGGCUGCAAGACGCCCGCGCAGCUGGCGGGGCAGGACGCGGCCCCUGGCCUGCUGCACGCAGAGAUCUUUGGCUUUUCCAAUAAUUACUGGGAAUUAAGAAGAUGCAGACCUAAACUCCAGAAGCUGAGGAAACUUCUGAAGGAAAACACCUAUGAGGGGCCCGACAGCCCAAAAGAAGUGGAUUCGAAUCGCUCCAAGUAUACAACUGAAGAUUUGCUUGAUGUAAUUCAGGCAAGCGAGGAAGAAAUAAUGGCCCACUUGCAAGUUCUGAAUGCCUGUGAGAUUGGAGGUUACUGGAGGGUUCUGGAUUUUGAUUAUGAGAUGAAGCUUCUGAACCAUGUAACUCAGCUUGUGGAUUCUGAGUCGUGGCCGUUCAGUAAAGUCCCUUUGAGUGUUUGCCUUCAGGAGCUGGGCCCGCUGGAGCCAGAGGAAAUGAUAGAGCACUGCCUCAAGUGUUAUGGAAGGAAAUAUGUAGAUGACGGAGAAGUUUAUUUUGAGCUGAGUGCGGAUAAGAUCUGCUGUGCCACAGCCCAGAUGCUCCUGCAGAACGCAGUGAAGUUCAACCUGGCCGAGUUCCAGGCAGUGUGGCAGCAGAGUGUCCCUGAAGGGAUGGUGACCAGUCUGGACCAGCUCAAGGGAUUAGCGCUGGUGGACAGACACUCAAGGCCAGAAAUCAUAUUUUUGCUCAAAGCGGAUGACUUACCUGAGGGAAACCAGGAACGUUUUAAUGCUCUGUUCUCUCUAAGGGAGAAGUGGACGGAAGAAGACAUUGCUCCCUAUAUCCAAGACCUGUGUGGAGAGAAGCAGACGGUAGGUGCCUUACUCACUAAAUAUGCGCGCUGCUCCAUGCAGAAUGGCGUGAAAGUUUACAACUCCCGAAGGCCCGCUGCUUAGAGGACAGCAGUCCACUCUGGGACUCAGUUGCCUUAUAAACUGUUGGACAUAGAAACAGAUUCUCCUGUGAAUUUUUACUCCCAACUCUGAAACACCUAUUCCGUGAAGCAUUUUCUCUACUCUGCUGUAAUGGGACAUUUAUUCAUUCUUCACAUGUGUACUAUGGGGACAAGGACCAAAUAAAGUAUUUCCUAUCUAUAGUGUGCCUCG